AUGAACGAAAAUUUAAAGCGAAUGUUCAGUUCUGUUGAUCGAGGAUCACGUAAACGAAUAGCACUUGAACAAUCAUGGAAAAUGAAUUGUUCUCGUCCCACAAUUCCAGAACAUUCGUUUAAAACUAUCGCAUUACUUGCUGGUUGCAGUGUUGAAGAAGUUAAAGAAUAUUUUGAGGCACAGCGAAAUUCCAGUAUGAAUGAUUUUUCAGAUAAUGACGACCAAUCAUCUGAAGAUGGGUAUUUUUCUGAAGACAAAACUCUAUUGGAUAUGUUGUAUGAGGAUCAAUCUUCAGAUCAGGAUUUUUUCCUUGGUGAAUCGAAUUUGUCUACGUCAGAUUGUCAUCAGAACUUUUCUGCAGAAAAUUUGCGAAAGCGAACAAUCAAACAUGAAGCGAGAGAUGCCCCCUCUUUCAAACGCAUAAAAUGUCCCAAUGUAUAUCAUAGUGAUACUGACGCCUCAUCCAUAAAAUCUCGAUAUGAAUUAAUAAAUGAUUCUGACAGUUCGAGUUCACAUGAAAAUUCCCAAAGUGAAAUGGAAAUCGUGUGUGAAAAUUCAUUAAAUGAAACGUAUGAUUCUGAUUUUGUUUUGAAUGGAAUGGAAGACACUGAAGAUUUCCUAAUUGACAAUGGUCAAGAUUUGUCAGAAUCAUCUAACAUUCAUUUGCAAAAAAAGCCUUGCUAUAUCUCGCCCUAUGAUCGUUUUGAUGCUUGUAUUUCAUGUUUACCUAGUAGUGAAGAACAGUGUCGGUUUCAAAAUUUUCGAGUUUUUAACCAGUUUUCAUCGGACAAAUCUUAUCCAAGGAUUUGUUUCUCUUCUAACAAUAAGCCACUCCCGAAAUUCACAUAUAAUAAUAUCAUUUCGUCUGAUAAAAAUGAUCAAUAUAUUCGGAAGACUAUUGCAUCAACAUUCCGAAAUAUUUUAUUGAAAGAACAUUAUCAUUUAAAAACUUUUAAAAAUGUGAUGAUUUGCCGCGUUUUAGAAUCGGAUAUUCGUCAUCUUUGCGAUCAUUGUGUGACAACAAUUUUCAAUGGAUAUUGGAUGUGUUCGUUUUGUGGUACAGAGAUUUGUCUUGAUUGUUAUAGUGAAUGGGAUGAUUUUUCGAAAUCCAGGUGUAAAAAGGGUCGAGUACACAACAAAGAAAAUUAUUUUCCAAUCUCACAUCUUACACAACACGAUGUUCAAAUUCUUCUUGACAGUGUGUCAAGUGUAAUCUCUAAAAAAAAGGACAAAACUAAUGAAAAUUUGACACGAUCGCAUAUUUUACAAACUAAGUGGAUUGACGGAGAAAUGGAUAUUGAUCAGUUUCAAUACAUGUGGAAAAUUGGACAUCCAUUUAUGAUUUCUGGUUUUUAUGAAAAACUCACUCAUCGUCUAUGGACUCCUAAAUAUUUUUCAAAACAAUUUGGUGAUACUAUUUGUUCAUGUAUUGAUGUAGUCACGAAAACAUCACGUAAAUUAAAAGUUGGUGACUUUUUUUCUGGAUUCAGUUAUUCAAGUCAAAAUGAAAAAGGCAAAAAUCGUGGUCCUUGUCUAAAAAUAAAGGACUGGCCACCUAAUGAGGAUUUUGCCAAAGCAUUCCCUCUGCACUUUAACGAUUUUAUGUUUGCACUGCCUUUCAAAAGAUAUACACAUCGUAAUGGAGCUUUUAAUCUUUCUGCUCGACUUCCUCCUAAGACGAAUCCUCCUGACCUCGGGCCUAAAAUGUAUAAUGCUUAUGGAUCAACAGAUGAAGUUGGAGGAAAAGGAACAACAAAUCUUCACCUUGAUAUGACCGAUGCUGUUAAUCUUAUGGCCUAUGCUACACCUCCUGAACAACGUUCCAAAUACGAGCGACAGUUCUUACAUGCAGCUGUUUGGGACAUUUAUAAAAUGGACGACCUUCCAUUGCUGUGUAAAUUUUUACGAAAAGUGGCAAGAGAACGAGGGGUUGUAAUUGAUCACCCAAUUCAUGAUCAAUGUUUUUAUCUUGAUGAGGCUUUAAGAAAACGACUUCUAAAAGAAUAUGGUAUUAAAGGUGUUAGAAUUUACCAAAACCCUGGAGACGUAGUAUUUGUACCUGCAGGAUGUGCACAUCAAGUUUGUAAUUUCACAAGUUGCAUAAAGGUGGCAUUGGACUUUGUUUCUCCUGAAGGAGUUGAAAGAAGUUAUAAAAUAACAAGACAAUUCCGAAAGCUAAUGCCAGAUCAUAAGCGUAAAGAGGAUAUUUUGCAACUCUCAAACAUUCUUUUUCAUACUUGGAUAACAGUUAAUUCGAGGAAAGGUUUUGAGACUAAAUCGCAAAAUAAAAAAUCGUUAAGAAUCUCCCAGAAACAUCGUCAAGAAUUUCCAGAAACGUCAUCAAGGACCUCCAGAAAUGUCAUCAAGGACCUUCAGAAAUGUCAUCAAGAACUCCUAGAAACGUCGUCAAGAACUUCCAGAAAACUCCAAGAAACGCCGUCAAGAAUUCCAGAAAAGUCGCCGCACAAUCGUUGUCAAGAACUCCUACAAUCGUCAUCAAUAACUCCAAACAAAUAG